AUGUCUGUUUCACUUGACCCACCAAACCAACUUGCAUUUUCUCGACCUUUUACACAAAAUGUAACUCGAACUCUUUCAGUAAAGAAUCCUAAUCCUGAACCAAUUGCUUUUAAGGUAAAAACCACUGCACCAAAACAAUAUUGUGUAAGACCAAAUUCUGGUCGAAUUGAAGCAAACCAAACUGUAGAUGUUCAAGUAAUUCUUCAAGCUAUGAAAGAAGAUCCUCCAGUUGAUUUUAAAUGUAAGGAUAAAUUCUUGGUACAAAGUAUUCCAAUCUCACCAGAACAAGAGAAUUUAACUUUACAAGAAUUGUGGGCUACAAUUGAAAAACAAACAAAAGGAUCAAUUAAAGAAACUAAAAUUCGAUGUGUUUACUUACCACCAAUAUCAACUUUAGACAAUACACAUCAACAACCUUCUUCUCCAGAUUUACCGGUCAACGAUGUAACAAAUAACAAUGCUGAUCCAAAAGACAGUGAUGAUUCUAAUACGAUAGCAUUUGAUAAUAAUAGAUCUGUUUCAAACGAUAAUAAUACUGUUAAAUCUCAUAACAAUAGGGAUGUUCAAUCACGUCAAUUAUUUGAAGCGCAAGAAGAAAUCAAACGUUUGAAUCAUAUAAUUGAGGAAUAUAAACAAGAAACUAACUUAUCUAAACUUAGACAACGUAAAGUUGAACAACCAUUACCAAAUAAAAACAACACACCGAGCGGUAUUGGAAUUUCUGUCAAAACACAAGAGAAGGUUCCAGAAGGUUAUUAUCCAUUUGAAGUGGUAAACAUUUAUUAA